AUGAAACGUCUCAAAAAGGUUUUGGGUUUUGUUUAUCAAAAUGAAAAGUUGAGAUCUUUAUUUGAGGGUAGAAAGUAUUCAGCUAUUGGGACGCUGGGUUUCAUCAAAAUGAGGAGGCGUCAAGUCUUGAAGCAUUCAAUUUUUCUUAUAAGCAUGGUGGUGUGUGUCUGCUGUUUUUUAAUUGUGAGCAUGACUGUUCUCAAGCUUCCAGAGGCACCCAAAAAGGAAAGUGAAAUGGGGUUUUACCCAAUGACAAGAUCAAGAAAAGUUUCCCUUAAAGAUGCCAACUUGGGCAGGUUUGCAGAAAUGAUGAUUGACAUGUUGCCCCAAGAUCUUGCUUUUACCGUGUUUCUUCCGUCUGAGAAAGCGUUCAAGCGAGAUCUGCGUCUGUCGGUGAAUGAUGGUUUGAAAUCGGACAGGUUCAAUGAUACCUACGCGAUUUUGACUCGUAUAUUGGGAUUUUCAACGGUCCCUCGUGCACUUUCUUCAGCUAACGUGAAAUUGGGUGAGCUUGUGAACUAUGAUUCCUUAUCUGGCUUUCCCCUGUACGUUUCAAAAGACAUCGAUGGAAUGCUUGUUGUUAACAGGAUUCGAUCAGAAACAGUAGAUGUUAGAAAAAAGGAGAUUAUUGUGCAUGUCAUGGAUGGGAUUAUUAUGGAUGCUGAAUUUGAGCAAUCGGUUCUAUCUGACAAUGAUACAGAGGAGGAUUGA